GAUCUGCAUAGCACCACAAGCACCGUCUCCGCCACCUCGCCACGACACCCGCAGUCACCUUCAUCCCACUUCUUAUCGACCUCAAGCGCUCGCACUUUCAUGUCGCUUCCAAGAGCAAACUACGACCCCAGGCGGGUGUGCCUGAACCCCUUUCCAGAGUUCACGUUUGGGAAACGUCGACGGGCGAUUGGGGUAUACCUAGCGGGUGCACUAUUUACGUUGGCGAAUUGGACUUUUUUGGACGCUGCGAUCCUGUCUGCUCAUGCAAAAUCUCCUUGGGGAGACCAACCAGACGCCCCGCCGCCCGUCCACGUCACAUUCGUAGACUGGAUUCCGGGAAUCUGCUCUUUGCUGGGAUAUCUCGUUAUCAACUUGAUUGAUAAAGACAGAAUACGAGGGGAUGAGGGUCUUGGAGAUUCAAGGGCCGUGUGGAGGGCACGAUUGAUUCUGUUCAUUGGGUUUGCGCUGAUGGCGGGGGGUUUGGCUGGAAGUGUCACGGUUCUGGUCUUGAAGUAUGUCUUGAACGGAUAUCCAGAACAGUUCGUCUACUACGGCUAUGCGAAUGUCUCGCAAAGCGUUGCGAUGAUGUUGUCGGCUGUGGUUCUCUGGAUCUCGCAGAGUACGAGCAGCGAGUACGAGUACAAUUUGACCCUAUGAAUUAGAGCUGAAGUGAAAGGUUCUACCUGUCCUCGUUUUGUAUGAUUGUAUCUGUAUGCAGCUGCCCAUCUGAAUUAUUAGGUGUUUUCUUACAGGAGCCCCGAACUUGUCAUGGGG